CACGAAAAAUUGCAGGUUUAGUCGGAAUUAAACCAAAACAUCAGCUAGCAAAUUGCGCCCCUGCGCGCCUUUAAACGGAGCUCUCGAACUGUAAAUUUGACUGGAAACGCUUUUGCAAUCGCGCGUUAAAAGCCCCUGUAUUUGACCCACAUAAGGUGCAGUGAUGGCAUCAGAGGAGAAGAAGCCAGAGACAGAAACACAUAAGACACAUUCAGCAUCAAUAUCAUCCUCCAAGUCUGCUCCUGUGAAGCCAAACUACUCCUUGAAGUUCACCCUCGCAGGUCACACAAAAGCUAUAUCCUCAGUCAAAUUUAGCCCUAGUGGUGAAUGGUUGGCCAGUUCAUCGGCAGACAAGCUCAUCAAAAUAUGGGGAGCUUUUGAUGGAAAAUUAGAGAAGAGUCUUGCAUGACAUAAACUUGGAAUAUCAGAUGUGGCCUGGUCUUCAGAUUCAAAUCUUUUGGUGUCUGCAUCAGAUGACAAAUCACUGAAGAUCUGGGAUAUGAGUUCGGGAAAAUGUCUGAAGACACUGAAAGGCCAUAGCAACUACAUCUUCUGUUGUAACUUUAACUCACAGUCGAACCUUGUUGUUUCUGGAUCUUUUGAUGAGAGCGUACGGAUUUGGGAUGUCAAAACUGGGAAGUGUCUGAAGACCCUGCCCGCUCACUCGGACCCCGUCUCAGCGGUUCACUUCAACAGAGACGGAUCUCUUAUAGUAUCCAGUAGCUAUGAUGGUUUAUGCCGAUUGUGGGACACUGCAUCAGGACAAUGUCUGAAAACUCUUAUAGAUGAUGAUAACCCUCCUGUCUCAUUUGUGAAGUUUUCUCCAAAUGGAAAGUACAUUCUAGCUGCGACACUGGACAAUACGUUAAAGCUCUGGGACUACAGCAAGGGAAAGUGUCUCAAGACAUAUACUGGACAUAAGAAUGAAAAGUAUUGUGUGUUUGCCAAUUUUUCUGUGACUGGAGGAAAGUGGAUCGUCUCAGGCUCUGAAGACAACAUGGUGUAUAUCUGGAACUUGCAGACCAAAGAAAUUGUUCAGAAACUGCAAGGGCACACAGAUGUAGUGAUCUCGACAGCUUGUCACCCUACAGAGAACAUCAUUGCCUCUGCAGCCCUGGAGAACGACAAGACCAUCAAACUGUGGAAAAGUGAUUGUUAAGUUAAAGCACUGCACUUCAGAGGCUUUAGUAGAAACUUCAGAAUGACGACUUCCAAUAGUGUCUGUCUUUUACAAUGGUUUGAAAGCGCUUAGUGCAGGGUUCUUAUCGGAGAGAUGGGCAGGUCCUGUCUGCUCAGAAUAGUGACAAUCUCACUCAAGCCUUUUCCCCCUUAAUAUAUUCUAAUAAUCUACUGUAAUGUUUUCAGUUCAUUUUAAUUUACUACUGAAGAACAAAUGUUUUCUAUCAAAC